CAGCGAGGUGGGCUGUAGACGAGUACGUGCGCAACCCCAUCUCAUUCGACUUAGCACUCACAAAUGCGAACUCUUUAGGAAGACGCUAAGUCGUUACCCAUACUUGGCGCGAGUCAAACGACUAUCCGAAGCUGGAUGGAUCCACCUUAGACUCUUGACUGAGUUCAUGUCCAUUGGAACAGUCCCCCAGCGCUGGAAAGAUCUAGAGACUGAUAUGGUGUUGAGCCCUGCAGACAUAUCAAGCAGAGAGGAAGAGCGUAAGAGGCGCAUUGAGAAGACUAAUAUUGCAGUUUUGAACUACCACGCUACUGGCGUGAAGCGAGAGAAUUAUACUUCUGCCCAAGCUUUGAGAGACAGCUUGAAUAGUGACGAUGAGGACAGCAGUCUCAAGUUCAAGCUAUAUGUAGUGGAGGAUCUCUCAAGGGACGUUAUUGAGAUCUUGGGUCAGAAAUUUGAUAUUGAGCCAGACUUUUUUCGAGCGCACAUUGCAGACUUUGCCUGGUAUAAUGUCCGCGAUCGCUGGAGAAAUCCACCAAUGCUCGAUAUUGUGAGCAGGUGCCAGAACUGGACGCAGCUAAGAUACGUUACUGCUCGAUACUUCGAUGUCAACGAGGAAUACCGUCACAAGAAUCGCCAAGAGAGCUUCAAAGCAGCAACGAAGGAGGCAGAUAACUUCAACAUCAUGCGCAGGGUAGAUGACGACUUGAGUAACAAGUCGGUUUGGGACAAAGACGGAGCAAUCGUGGGAUUGACAAGAUCGAGGGCAACGUUUUGGAUACAGCCCCAACAUCUCCAGCAGGGAAUGGCCGUGGGCAUACUUCUGUUGGAUCCGACUGUCACUCAAGGAGUUCCGUUAUGGCGUGGUCGUCGUCCACUCUGGCCAGUAUCGGCCGCAUACGAUCAGCCGGGAGCUCCAAAGCCUCCCGCGCAAGAUGACUUCUUUGAAGAUUUUCUAUUUUGGGCUCAGCAAAAGGACCUAUGCCCAAAUGGCACUGCUAAUGAUACCUCACAAGCGCUUGUCCCUAUUCAAGUUCUGCUACAUCUUAUCUGUUCCGAGUGGAUCACCAUGUCGGACUACAUCAAGACAAGGCUGAACCAAUUGGACUGGGAGAUCAUCAAGCCUGAAUUUUUCAGGCUUAGCAAAGUGGGAGUUGCGAAUAUGUUAGAAAAGCUACACAUGUGGAGGCGGCUCGUACCGCUUUACCGUGAGAUGGUUUCCGAAACAACGCGGCACAUCGAUCAAUUCUCCAGUCGAAUUGAGACACUUGUGGCUACCCUAGAGAGUAUUUCAACUGAAGGAUCAAGCCGAACCAAUUCUCCGACGACGGUCAACUGCAUGCCAAAUCAAGCACAGCGGACUUUGAUCAGCCAUUACGACGCUGACUUCAAACGCAUCAAGGAACAGCUAGAGGAAUACCAGACCCGGAUCGACCAACUUACAGCUGUUGUCACCGCUGUCAUAUCAAUCGAUAACUCGCAGCGCAGCUUGCAAGAUAACCGAAACAUCGGUCGCCUAACAUGGUUGGCAACCUUCUUCAUUCCACUAAGUCUCAUUGCCGGUAUUCUCUCGAUGCAGUCAAACGUGAAUGAAAUCAGUGGCUAUACCUUCAAAGUGUAUUUCGCGACCUCCCUGCCGUUAUCCAUUGCAAUCGCCGCUACUACAAUCACUCUGUCAAUGUCCCGAUCAGAAAAUAAGAAGAAAUUGAAGGGCUUCACAAGGGUUGUGGGCAGUUUCGGGACUCGUUAAGAUAGUGAUCAAGUCUUCAUAUUAGGAGAUUCACGUGUUAGGUUAUGCGGAAUUUUAGGCGAAGUUUGGGCGUUGGAUUAGGGGUAUAUGGUAAUGAAAAGGAAUGACACGGGACACAAGCGAAUUGGAUAAUGAAGCAUUCGUGUGGCUUCUCUUUCUACAAGUCUUUGGAUAUAAUCACCAGCAUUUCGUUUGUAUUUGUGUCUCUUUGGGGAGUGUAUACCUUGGUUUAUAGCGAUGGUGCCAUCCCCUUAUUGUGGCAGUUGUUAAAUAGAUCAUGUGAACAAGUUACAUAGGUACGCAACCAAAACCUCAAUUACGUAAAACUUCUAUGGGC